AUGAUGCAUAUCGCCAACAUCGUCACCUUCCUCGCCUUCUGGGCCACGGGCUCAGCUUUGGUGAUUCCUCGCAUAGUCACCGCCUUCGACGUCCCAAUGGGCACCUUGCCGCAGAUUACUCCCACUAUAGACACAAUCACUAUCGAUCUGACCAACGUCGACAACGCGGCCACGAAACUCAUCGCCACCCUCUCAAACACCGACGGAGACACCGUAACCGGCGUGCUCAAGUCUUCUCUCGACAUCCCCAGCGUCAUCUCCCACACGAUUGGACUGCAGUCCGCCAACCGACAGGCCAUGCUGGAUGCAAAGGAGAUCGAUUCCGUCUUCUCCCCCAGCGAUUCCGCCUCCAUUGUGAACAAGCUCAAGAACGACAUCUACCCCCACGCGCAGACGGCGCUCAAGCUUUUGGGCGAUGCGAAGACGAAGAACCUGUUGACCACCCUCGCCACGACGUAUGCGGUGUUGCCGUAUCUCAACGUUGUCGUCGGCGAGUAUGAUACCUUCAGCUCGGAGCUGCAGCAGUAUCUCGACGCGGGAUCUCAGGCCGAUGCCAAGAAGGUCCUGGACGACAUCAAGAAUCUCUUGACCACGACCAUCGCGACCUACACCCCGACACCCUAA